UCAAAUAAGUAAGGUUUGACUCGCCUUUAUGGAAAUCAAAGAGCAGGACCUAAUCAGGAGAAAUCACAGAAAGGCAUACUUAAUUAUAAUUUUUUGCUGCCAUUAAAAGACACUGAUAAUUUGGAAAUAUUAUUUGGAGACUUGUAAUUGUAAGAUGUGCUUCAUUUAAAUUCAUGGAAUUUCAAAGGGACUCUCAAAGGUCACCCAGUGUAAUCCUCCCCUUAUAAUACAGAUGAUCAUCCUAAUGUCACAUGGAUAGAUCUUGGAUUUAAAACCAGGAUUUCAGAUUCUAAAUAUGAUUUUCCUCAUGACUCUAGCACACUGUUCUUCCCACUAUAGCAUAUCCUUACUGAUAUCAACCCUGGAAACAAAGAAAGGAUCAAGGGUAUUCUUCAAUGUAAAUAUUGGACCUAAAGGUCAGAUCUCCCUAUAUUGUUCUUUCCACUGAGGUCAUCACAAAGUUGUACCACAUCAUGGGUUUUUAGACAUGUCCAUUUUCCUCAAGUUCCUUCAGAAUAGGAGUGUGGUGCCUUGGAUGCAACGUGGACGCCUUCACAUCCUCCACGGCCAUCCUUCACCUUUCUACAAACAAUUAUGUAAAGUUUAUAAGGGACAGAAGAGCUGAGCUGGACAGUUUGUCACAUCCAGAAACUGUGGCAUUUUUUUUAAAUGAGGUGUUCCUUCUUCCAAAUUGUUAUUUGGGUGGUGAGUGAUGUCAUCCCCAUCUUUUGGAAGACUGAAAAGAUUUAAUUCAUUUACUGUGGAGGUUUUUUAUUGUGGCCAAACUAAAGGAGAAUCAUGAACUUUAGAGCUGGAAUGGACCUUUGAUGCCCUUCAAUCCAACCUUUUUAUUUUUUAGAUGAAAUUGCUGAGAGAUGAAUUGACUUGCAUUUGAUCCCAGAGGUAUUGAGUAAAGGAAUGGCAAUUCAGACUGAGGUUUUCUAAGUACGGAUUCAGGAUUCUUCCCACUAUAGCCUGUUAACUUUAGAUGAAGUCCUUUUACACAAGCUCUUUCCAAAUGCUUGGAGUUCAUCAUAAUUUAGAUACACAAAUAUCUGAACAGCUUUGAAAGCCCUUGUUGCCCCAGCUCUGCCUCUUAGCUCAACUCCUUUGCCUUCAAUUUCUUUAACUAUAAAAAGACUCAGUGAUCUCAUGUUUCCAGUUCUAAUCUGUGAUCCUCUGGUCUUUCAUUCUCAGGGGAAGCAGCUCUAGAAGCUCAACACAAUAACUAGAUUCUGUGCUCCAUGAGCUGACAAAAACACUGACCUCUGUUUCUAUUUGGAUUUGACACCAGUUACUGACUUGGAACUCUGAGAGAUGAAGCCUCCUUUCCUGGGAACAGCCUGUAUGUAUCAGAGGUAAUCUGAAAGAUUUUUAAUGUUGUCUCCGAAGAAGACAAAACCUUUCAAAGAUACUUUCCAGUAGUGAAUAUUUGAGAACACAGAAAAGGAGGAAACAGAAUCUGAAAGGAUCUCUCCAUGGAAUUUAUACAUCUCUGUGUCCAUCAAUGGGAAGAAAAUGAUGUCUUUUAAUUUUUUGUGUCUUUCAUCACACUUCAGUAUCAUCUCUUCCACCUCACUGCACACAAUGGGAAAAACUUGAGCAACAUUUCAAGCUAUAAUUUUGUCAGAAGAGUGUUCCAUGACUGUGGUGAACUUUAACCAAACAUGCCAACUGAAGAUUUUUCUCUUAUCCUUCCAUUGGCAUAUUGGGCCUAACCAAAGAAUGUGCUUGUGCAUUCUCUAACUGUCUGGCUUCAGCUCCUUUUUAUUUGUGAUUUUUGUUUUUUUAGCUUUCCAACAAAUCCAUGUAAUUACAAAUUGUACUUAAAGUUUUACAAUCCAAUUUGCAUGUGUUAGAAAUAAUUUUGAUGGCUGGUCCAUGGCUCAUUGAUGCAGCAAUAAAAAAGGCAAUACUAUGAGGCACUGUGUUAAUUGCUGCAUACAGUUGUUACCUGAUGACUUGCACCCACAGUGUUUUAGCUGCCGAGGACCCUAUCACAGUCACCACAAGUGUCCCAUCUGCAAAGGAGAAAAGAUUCUGUUUCGAGUGGAUAGCAAGCAGAUGAACUUGCUUGCAGUUUUAGAAGUAAGGACAGAAAACAAUGAAAGCUGGACUGGACUUUUUCGCUUCAAAAAGGGGAAGCGAUGGAGCCUUGUUUGUGGAUUGAUAAUAAUGACUUUAGUGAUGGCAUCGUAUAUUCUGACUGGGGUGAAGCACGAACUCCUGCUUAUACCAUCAUCAUUACGUUAUAGGAGUUUUUCCAAUAAUCCAGCUUUAGCGGAUGAUGAAUACCUGAGGAAUUUAAAGGAUUUUCAUCAACCCUUUUUAAUGAAUAUUUCAUAUGAAAAAUAUUAUCCAAACAUUAAAUUAAUUAUUAAUACAAUUACGUCAAAGGUUGAAUUUACUACAAGGCAGCUCCCAGAUCUAGAAGAUCUUGAGAAACAGGAACUGCAUAUGUUCUCAGUAAUCCCUAACAAAUUUCUUCCAACUAGUAAAAAUCCUUGUUGGUAUGAGGAAUACACAGGGAAAAAUACUACGGAUCCCUAUGUGACCAACCUCUAUGCAUUGUAUUCAAAACAUUUUCGGUCAACCUUUGAUUACCUCAGGAAAGAGUUUUGGAACCACUUGUACCAUUUCAAAGAGAAGCACUACCGCCUUCGUUGCCUCCCUCAUUUCUACAUCAUUGGGCAACCAAAGUGUGGGACAACUGAUCUCUAUGAUCGUCUCAGAUUGCACCCAGACGUGAAAUUCUCUGCCAUUAAAGAGCCCCACUGGUGGACAAGGAAGCGAUUUGGAAUAGUGCGACUGAGAGAUGGGUUUCGUGACCGUUCCCCAGUGGAAGAUUACCUGGAUUUGUUUGACUUGGCAGCCCAUGAAAUUCAUAAGGGACUUCGGAGUGAUUCAGGGACAGAACACAGCAAGAUGAAUAAUAUUGUUAUUGGAGAGGCCAGUGCUUCAACCAUGUGGGACAAUAAUGCUUGGACUUACUUCUAUGACAAUAGUACUGAUGGAGAGCCUCCAUUUCUGAUCCAGGACUUCAUCCAUGCCUUUGAACCAAAUGCAAAACUCAUAGUCAUGCUGAGGGAUCCUGUGGAAAGGUUAUAUUCAGAUUAUCUCUACUUUGCAAGUUCCAAUAAAUCUGCUGAAGAUUUCCAUGAAAAAGUGGCAGAAUCUCUGCAGCUGUUUGAAAAUUGCAUGUUGGAUUAUUCAUUGCGAGCCUGUGUCUACAAUAACACCCUGAAUAAUGCGAUGCCUGUAAGGCUGCAAAUCGGCCUGUAUGUUGUUUAUCUCUUAGACUGGCUCACUGUUUUUGACAAAGAACAGAUCCUUAUUCUUCGUCUUGAAGAUCAUGCCUCCAACGUCAAGUAUACCAUGAACAAAGUUUUCCAGUUUCUGAAUUUAGGUCCCUUAAAUAAAAAACAGGAAGCCCUGAUUACCAGGAGUCCUGCAUCAAAUACAAGACGUCCAGAGGACCGGAACCUGGGACCCAUGUUUCUACUUACAAAAAAGAUUCUUCAAGACUUUUAUGAGCCUUUCAAUACUAAAUUGGCUCAAGUGCUUUCUGAUGAAGCUUUUUCUUGGAAACAGACAUAAGGAGUGAAUUCGGGAUCAUGAGCAUUGUGCUAGAAGAUUUUAUUACUUUUCAUCAAAAGAUAUUUAUUUGGGAACAAUGAUUUUAUCCUAAGCAUAAAGGCCUUUAUCCCAGGAUUUUCGUUCUUCUCUUAGUGUAGCAAACCAUAUUUCAUUAUAAGUAUUUCAGACUUUGGGGUAUCAAAUAAUCUUAUAUUGACUCCUUGCAAUGUACCCUUUCAUUAUUAACCAUUGGGGACUGAUAUGAUGAAAUUCUAUUUUUUCUACCCUCACAAUUUUAUAUGUAUUUAUUAGGCUUCUGCCAUUUGUCCAACACUGUGCCAGGCACCUGAAAGGAUCUGAAAGAUGAUGGAAUCUUUAUCUUCAAGGGGCUUAAAAUCUGUUUUGUUAGAAUUCUGAAGUUGAAUUAGAGCAUGCUAGAGAGUAUCUCAAUGACUUUACAAAAAUUAUAUUUUCAUUGUUAAUUUCAAAGCAUGUCUGUUUCAAUUAUUUAAAGUCACUUAUUUCUGGGGGGGGGAGGGGGGUGGCGUUCUUUCAGUUUUUGCCUUCACUCAACCCAAACCAUGCAAUUUUACUCUUGGUUAAUUAAGGAUUUUAUACAGCUGGUAGCAGAAUGCUGGGCCUGGGGUCAGGAAUUCCUGCAUUCAAAUGUGGUCUCAGAUAUUUAUUUGCUGGAUUAUCCUGGUCAAGUCACUUAACUGCUAUAUGCCUCACUUUCCUCAACUGUAAAAUGGGGAUAAUAAUGGCACCCACCUCCCAAGGUUGUUGUGAGGAUCUUAUGAGAUAAAAUUUGUAAAAGGGUUUAGCACCAGUGCCUGGCACACACAAGGCACUUUAUAAAUGCUUAAUCCCUUUGCUUUCUUCCCUUAAUUGAAUUUAUAUUACUUUAUAUGUAAAAAACAAAUGAACAGAAAUUAUGCUCGAUUUAAGAUCAGAACACCUGCAUUCAAAUUCUGGCUUUAUUACUCACAAAAAUUUCUUCAUCUUUUAAAUGAGGGGGAGUUAGACUAGAUGAUCUCUGAGGUUCAGCUAAAUUAGGUUAAAUGAUUUCUGUUAUCCCUUCCAAUUCUGUCAUAUAUAAUGAACAAUUGCAGUUUUCUCUUCUGUGGGACAGAUUUUCACUUCCUACAUUAUAAUUGUUGAUUUUUGCUUUACUGAAUACAUAAAAUGGACAAUAUGUUUAAAUGACCACCAUAUUUCAAUGAGCUUCAUGCCUGAUUUCUCUUUUAUAACUGAAUUCCAUUUGAUUUCAAUUUAUUAUCCAAGAAGAUUUUUUAAAAUAUUGAUGCAAGGGUAAGUGACUUCAGAGAAUUAAUAGAUGUAAAUGAAAAAGCUAGAUUAUAUUUUGAGACUUUGGUAUGUGACAUUGUUGUUGGAAAACAGGAUUUUUUUUAGUUCCAGUUGGCUGCAUUUCUCUUUUUUCAUUCCUCUUAGAUUGAUGUCGUUUCUACUUUAUCAACUGCAAUAUUGCCAAAUGUAUUCACAAAGUUCAUGAACUAUGAUGUGUUCUACCCCAUCUCACAAAUAAGAUGCAUGGGUAACUAUUAGGUAUGCUUGUAUGUGAAGCAUGGAUGGUAUGAGUACUGUAUUUAGAGGACUUUUCUGGGGAAAAGUGGAAAUUUGGUUUAGACAUGGACCUGCAGACACAGUAAUUGUUUGGAAGCCAUCAGAGUAACGGAAUGGAGAACUUGGAGUCAGUAGUUAGGCUAUCCCAGGCAGAGCCAAAUUCCAGAAAUAUUCACGAUUUGCACUGAAGACAAAGUGAAGGUUUCCAUGAACCAAAGCUCUUGGAUUAUGGUUGUAUAUGAAUGCCAAAGUCAGGAAGGGCAGGUUUCUAAAUUCUAAACCUUAGUUUGCAUGUAUGCAGUGAAAGUAGGGCCUUUGAUUACUUUUUCUUCAGCUAGUGAAAUAUAGUAUGAUUUUUUUUUCUGCCAAUGUCGAUAGAAAGAUCCACAAUACAGUGUAUAAAACUUGAGUGCUGGGCCCAACAUACACAUUUAUCUAUCUCUGUAGUUCUAUAUGCGUAUAUCUACCCACAGAUAUACAUAGAUAUAAAUACAUAAAGGUAAUUAUAUCCACAUAGCCAAGGUCAUUUUUGUCAUGAAAUAAACUAUGGCUUUUUACACUGGCCUAGAGACAAUUAACACUAUCUUCCCAGAACCCUUGACUAGGAGGAAAGUCUGGUCAAAGCACAAAGAUGCUGAAGGCUGAUAACACGUUAAGGUGUGUAUUUAUUUGUGUUAUCGUGUGUAUGUGUGUGUAUAUAUAUAUGUACAUAUGCAUAUAUAUAAGUGUAUAUGCUUUUUUAAAAGUGGAUACCUUUCACUACUGAUGCUGAUACAACAUCAAUACUCUGUACACAUCCCUUUUAUAGAUUUCUUUCUCUGCCAAUAAAUUUGUGUAGUUUUAAGUAAAUAUUUUGCUAUUCCACAUGAACUGUAGUUAAUAACAAGGGUUUUUCUGACGCACACCUAUGCAUGUGACAAACAUGUAUUAUUGUAAUUCUGCUUCUUACAGAAGUAUUAUUAAAUUGUAUUGUUUUCAAUAUUA